UUUAGGAUUCAGCCUUAUGUUUAUAAACAAACUCGAUUUUUUUCUGGCGAUCUAAAUGAGAGGUUUCUUGCACAACUGUCUGUAUUCAAUCUUAAAUCCGGUGUGUUUGUGCAGCAAUAGCCAUCACUGAUCCGAUACUGAAAUACACACACACACACACAUACACGCACACACGCGCGCGCACCAGGACUACUGAUACUAGCACAUCCAUGCCAGGACUCCAUGCUGCUUUAAAGUCACCGCGGAUACCUUGUCCACGACCCCGAAGCGGUUCACCAUGAGCGGGGACGCACACAGCCGCCUUUUCCGCUAGUAAUCCGCUCAGUUUCCGCCAUGAGCUCGGACACGGAGGCAGAGAGCUGGGCCGAGUGCAUGGAUGUGGCCGUGAGGACAGCGCUCAGAGCCGGCCAGAUGGUCCGGGUGUGUGUGAUGCAAGAGAAGCGUGUGAGCAGUAAAAGCACUCCUACAGACCUGGUGACGGAGGCUGACCAGCACGUGGAGGAAGUGAUCAUCUCCACACUCAGGGAGAAGUUUCCCUCACACAGGUUUAUAGGAGAGGAGUCAUCUGCUGCAGGAGAGAAGUGUGUGCUCACAGAUAAGCCUACAUGGAUAAUAGAUCCCAUUGAUGGCACUUGUAACUUUGUUCACAGUUUUCCCAUGGUUGCAGUAAGCAUUGGCUUUGCAGUAAAGAAACAGCUGGAGUUUGGGGUCAUAUACCACUGUUUUGAUGGAACGUUGUACACUGGGAGGAGAGGCCAGGGGGCAUUUUGCAACGGAGUCCGACUCCACGUUUCGAAGGAGAAAGAUGUUUCCAAAGCCCUCAUUUUAACCGAAAUUGGGGCAAAAAGAGAUAAUCACACACUGGAUAUCUUUUUGGGGAAUAUGAAGCAGAUGCUGAGUACACCAGUCCAUGGAGUAAGGAUCAUAGGCAGCUCAACUCUAGCACUGUGUCAGGUAGCGGCCGGUGCGGCUGAGGCUUACUACCAGUACGGUCUGCACUGCUGGGACAUCGCUGCAGCAGCACUUAUCAUCACUGAAGCAGGUGGCUGUGUGAUCGACACCACAGGGGGUCCUCUUGAUCUCAUGUCUCGCCGUGUUGUGGCUGCCGGCUCCCGAGAGAUAGCAGAUUACAUCGUCCAGCAGCUCAAGCCAAUCAACUACGGCCGUGAUGACGAAGACCCCUGACCCAGUGACCAGCCUUGAACCCUUCAUCAGCAAAUCUCAGCCUUUACCUCAGAUCCCUACAAUCCUGCCAUGUUAUCUGCGGUGUCUUUUAUGCAAUGCUCUUUUUUAUAGAGUUUAUGAUUUUUUUUUUUUCUGCCACUCCACCGGAGGACUAAAGUAAUGCCUUAUAUUGCAGUGCUUUUUCCUGAGGAAAUAUAUGAGUGAAUAAACUGAACCUAAUUUUGCUGCACUGCACGUUCCUGAGCAUAAGUACAGAUUUUGGCAACUAGGUCCCAUUAUGCAAUUCAUGUAUUUACUCAGGAAUUAAACAAGUCUUUUGUAAUUUAAGGCUUUAAUUUAUAUAAAAAGUAGCCAUUAUAUAAUGGCUUUAAAUGAAAGAUAAUGUAAACAUACUCUCACUGAGCACUUUAUUAGAAACACCUAUAUACCUACGCAUUGAUGCAAUUAUCUAGUCAGCCAAUCUUUGGUAGCAGCACAGUAUAUAAAAUCAUGCAGAUACAAAUGAAAAGCUUCAGGUAUUCACAUCAACAUCAGAAUGGAGGAAAAAAUGUGAUCUCACUACCUGGCAUGCUUGUUGACUCCAGACAGGUUGGGUUAAAUAUUGUAGAAACUGCUAUUAAUCUCUUGGUAUUUUCACACAUAAAAGGGUGUACAAAGAAUGGAGUAUUAGAGUUUACAAAGAAUGGUGCAAAAACAAAAGCCAUUAAUACCUUGUUGAUAAGAGAGGUCAGAGGAAAAUAGCCAGAUUAGUUCAAGCCAACAGGAAGGAUACAGUGACUUAAUAAGAACUCUUCACAACUGUGGUGAGCAGAAAAGCAUCUCGGACACAAAAAACCUUAAUCAUUGACUAAAACAGCAAAAGACAACAUUAGGUUCCACUCCACAGUGGGCACAGGAUCACCCAAACUGGACAGUCAAAGAUUAGAAAAUGACCGCAUUUGUUUUUUUUUUUUUCCUUCAGUUGUCCUGAUUUAGUGAGUAGCCUUCGAUUCCUGUUCUCAAUCCUUGAGUUGCAUGGGUUCCACUCCUGUCAGGCGCUCCAAGUCUUCUGCUGUUGUAGCUCAUCCAACUCAAGGAUUGAUGUUUUGUGUUCUGAGACACUUUUUCUGCUUAAUCGCAGUUGUUACUGAGCAUACACACUGUAUCCUUCCUUUUAGCUUGAUCCAAUCUGGCCAUUUUCCUCAGAUUUGGAAUGAUAUGAACAAGUCAUUUCCACCAAUAGAACUAAUUCCCACUUGAUGUUUCUUGCUUUUCAAACUGUUUUGUAUAAACGUUAGACUCUAGAGACCAGAUCAUCAGUUAUAGAAAUAUUCAGACCAGCCUAUUUGGCAUCAACAAUCAUGUCAUGGUCAAAAUCACUGAUCACAUUUUCCCCCCAUUCUGAUGGUUGAUGUGAACAUUAGCUGAGGCUGCAGCUUGUAUCUGCAUGAUUUUAGGCAUUGUACUGCUGCAACACGAUUGGCUGAUUAAAUAAUUACAUGAAUGUAUAGGUAUAAUAAAAUGCUCAGUAAGAGUAUAAGAGCUCUCAUUAUUGUGGUGAUUUAUUAACACCAGUGUGAACAUAUUUGCUUGUGUACUUUUCUGAGUGUUGUGUGUUGCCACUUACAUAGUCAGCAAAACUUCAGUGUACUCUCUUAGCUUCAGAUUUACUCCAUGUUUGGAGCCGACGUGUUUUUUGUUUUGUUUGUUUUUUUCGUACAGAACACGUUCUUCUGUAGCAAGUGAAAAAGCAAUGAACAUAAUGAAUUGCUGUGGGUCCAACAUUUUGCUAUAGUGAAUAAUGCACAAUAAUAAUCUUAGCGUAGCUCCCCUGAAGUUUUUACCAUCUGGAAGGAAUAUGAAGGCUUUAUAUAAAAAAGUAAUAGCGCCUGUGGAUAAAUAUACACUGGAUAGAAUGUUCAGGAGUAAUUUCACUUGGAUUAAAUGUUUCAACCCAAAGCAACUUUCAGGAAAUUCUAACUAUACCUACAUACUGAGAAGCUUCUUUCUUUGAAAGUGUAUUGAGAUUAUACUAUAGUCACUGUAACAGCUUGCAAUGCUUACCAUACUGGCAUCUAUUUAGUAGUAACUCAUCCCUACAUGUACACUGCAUAUGUACAGUACUAACCUGACACUUUGCCUGUACCCCUGCUCAGUCAUACAGGAAUCCGAACGAUCCAAUCAGCCAAUCACAGCACAAUGCACAUAAUCAUGCAGAUUCAAGUCACAGUUAAUGUCCACAUCAGUCAUUAGAAUGAAGAAAAAAUGUGAUUGACCAUGGCAUGGUUGUGCCAGACUGAUUGGAUAAAUUUUAUAAAAUGUCAGUCUGGGAUUUUCACACGCAACAGCCUCUCAAGUUUACACAGAUUGGUGAAAAACAAUCAUAUUUUAUUCUUAUUACUUCUUUUUGAGUGAGUCUAUGCUCAUGAUCAUGUUCCUCACUCACAGGAUGGAGGGGAACCUGAUGUGAAGGGGAACUUCUGCUGUUGUAGCUCAUCUGCCUCAAGGUUCAACUAUUGUUUGUUGUGCAUUCUGGGAUGCUUUUCUGCUCUAUAAAGUUACCAUAGCCUUCCAGUCAGCUUGAAUCAAAGUGACUAUUCCUUGCUGACCUCACUGCUUGAAUUGUUUUGUUUUUCACACUAUCCUCUAUAAACUCUCGAGACUGGGUUGUAUUUAAAGGAUGUUGGAUAGACCAGGGGUGUCCAAUCUUAUCCAUAAAGGGCUAGUGUGGUUUUUCAUUUCAAGCAACCAGGAGCCACACCUAAUUAGCUGAUCCUGGCUUUUAAUAGAAAAUUAUGUCUGGCUUCUGCUUGGUUGGAAUAAAAACCUGCACCUACACUGGCCCUUACUGGAUAAGACCGGGCAUCUGUAAUUAAGGUUUUAAUCUGGAUUAAUUAAUUGAGAGACCAGCUGUUAGUGGAUUUUGGCUUAUACACGAAGGGGGUUCCUAAAGCUAAUAUGCUGUUUUAAUAUUCACGGUUUACCUUUUUAUGCAUUUUAUAAUGGGUAACUACACAAACAACAAUUUGUCUCUUUCAGGGCAGGACCUCUGUGUGCGUGUUAGAUGAGCAUUCCUCACUGAUCCCAUGUUGUUGUGGACUGAACAAAAAUCUACACACUGCUCUUUUAUUGCCUACAAUGUUAGCACCACGCACUCAAUGUCCACUGUGUGUUUCAGUUCAACUAUGAAUAAAGUUUAAAGACAAUU